CACGACAUUCUUUAAUCUCAAUAUGUAGUUUCCCAAAUCUAUCGCUAUGUUGAUCAUUGACGAUUCAUCGUAAGCUUUUGAGACCUGGAAAUCUCAAUCUCAAUCUUGAUCUCAAUCCUACCUUUGAUCUAUCCUAUCAUCCAUGAAUUGAAUCUUGAUGAUAGGCUCUUCUUCCAACAUCUCCAAAAUACAAGCUGGAGGUGGUCGGAUAACCCUGUCGUCGCACGGAAGGAAGGUCUGGAUUUCUGAGCUCUCAGCAACUUACCCUCUUAAACUGUUAUCUCCUCAAUUAUCUGACAACGGAGUUGCCAUCGUUUAUGCCUUGACUUACGGAGGAGGGCUCGUUGGAGGGGAUUGUAUCGAACUAUCUGUCAACGUUGAAUCCGAUGCCAAGUUGCUUUUGCUUUCGCAAGGUUCCACGAAAGUAUUCAAGAACCGUCUGUAUCAAAGACUGGCUUCUGUGCAGAACUCUGCCCAUGCAUCGCUCAACUCUGAAAGUCCCGCCACGCUUCAGAAAAUGGAUUUUACGAUUUCAUCUAAUGGUGGACUCUUCCUCCUACCAGAUCCUGUCACUUGCUUCCGCUCUGCCUCUUACAACCAAAUUCAAACCUUUCACGCUUCGAAAGACGCGUCCCUGGUUGUUCUUGACUGGGUAACUUCAGGCAGAAAAUCCCUCGGCGAAGAUUGGGUCCUAUCCAGAUAUUACAGUGUCAACGAGGUCAUCAUAGCAGAAAAGCGCGUAGCCAAGGAUGUUAUGCUGUUGGAGAACAAUGAAUCCGACUCUCGCCUCAACAGAGCUUUAGCGGAAAGCCUUGCGCCAUUUUCCUGCUAUGCUACUCUCAUUCUUCGAGGACCUAUGGUAGAGGAAACGAUUGCGCAGAUAGCGGCUCGUUAUGAAUGCAUAUCUGUUAUGCAACGCAAAGCUCCGGAAGAGCUGUUGUGGUCACUGAGCCCCAUUGGCUCCAAUAAUGAGAAUGGAGUAGUCAUUAGAGUGGCAGGAAAAGAGACGGAAAUUGUGAAAAAUUGGCUGAAGGACACUCUAUCGUCUUUGGAACAACACAUCGGUGUCGAUGUCUAUCGAAGAGCAUUUGUCUAAACCAAAAGUGUCUGUAGCUGUCGUAAGUUAGACAUAAGCUCUAACGUUUCCUGGCUAAUGGAUUUUGGAUCCGAAAAGAACGCUACAGUUCUCUGCAAUUCCAGUUCACACUGGACGCUUGGUGGCUCGUUCCGCUAGUCUUCCGAAAACCCGUCACAGCUGAGGGUGGGAGAAUGAGUGUCACUGUUACAUGCCAUUCACCCCGGCCAGUCGAUUAUAAUGGUCACUCUCUUAUCAGUCCAAGCACCAUAUGGACAAUAUAAAAGCUCUUUCGUGAUCUUCUUUUUUGCCAUUUCUCCUGAUGUCA